GCGAAGAAAUCAAAUUGGUUUACACUAGCUCCUGAAAAAGAUAUUGGAUAUUGAAUAUCGGAAGGCUGUUGCUACGGCGAAAGCUCACAUUUCGGUUUUGCUUACUGCCUAUCGGGAUCGUUGCUGCAAGACAUGUCGACAUUUUACAGUGACUUAGCGAAAGAAAUAGAAGAUGAAGAUACUUCGCUGAAUCGUAAAGGACCUUUAUACGAAGAUAAUGAUCUUGACGUUAUAUUAAAUUCGCUUGAUCAUAUAGAUGAAUUGAAGGUUCGAAAGCCAGCUGUGAAACAGAAUGGUGAUUCUAAUUUGAGACUUGAAGGACAUCCCGAACAAACUACAAGACCAAAAAAGUCCAUAAAGUCUAUUCUGGAUUCCCUGGUAGACCCAUUUGAAGAUCCUAUUUUACCAAAGACUGAGAAAUCGGCAAGCCAAUUGGAUUUCGAAAAACAAGAUGAAUCUAAACGGCAUCCUAAUUUGUCGGUUUCUAAAGGUACAGUCGGAUUUUUGGAUAAUAUGGAAAACGGUUAUCAAGAAUUACUUGGGAAUAAACAGUUUGACCUUAAGCAAUUCGAUCUGGAAAAACAAACUACUAAAACAUCAUAUAAUACUGACUUGCCUGAUUCAAAUGGACUUCAAAAAGCUCCAAUAUCAUCUGAAUUUCGACAGUUCACAUUUGAAAAUUCCCUACUUGAUGAUGAUGAUAUUAAUAGUAACAAGAAAAGCCAUCCGAAUCAAAUUCCUACUCUUUUAAUUGAUAAAAAGUUGACUGACAAUUCAAGAUUGAUUGAAUCUACACAAUCUCAACCACAUCAUCGUCCUUCACCAUUAGAAUCGGCCAAUCGAAUUACGAUGCCUCAACAACAAUCAAGUGAUUUCGAAAAAUUGGACAUUGAUCGUCCACGUUCAACAUCAUCCUUCGCCUGCUUAUCAGCAUCAAUUGACAGAAAAAAUGCGAACCACAAAUUUAUAGAACAGGAAGCACAAAUUAAACGUCUUGAAAUGGAGCGUGAUAACUUGAUUAACUUAUUAGAUUUGAAUAAAAAGAAACAUCGUGAAGAACUACUUAUUUUGGAGCAAACUUCAAAAACUAAACUGGAUUUACUGAAAGAAAGUGCACACUAUAAGGAGAGACUUCUUCAAGAAGAAAUCAAUUAUCUUGAAGCACAGAAUCGUGAAAGAUUGAAACAAAUUGAGAAACGUGAUCAAUUGGUCACUGAUUUAACAAAUAAAUUGAAUGAAACACGUCAAGCACAUCAACGUGAAUUGAAUGAAUCAAAACAAACUCAUAAUGAAGAGAUUGCGAUGUUGAAAAAACAUCAUCAAGAAGAAAUAGAUCGGUUAAAAUCAGCAACACAACUUGAAAUGCAUAUAACAAAUGAAUCACAAACAAAUAGUGAACAAUUGAAAAAUCUUUUCACACAAAUACAAACUACUUUAAUGGAUUUAAGUAAAUUGGAACAAGAACACAUAAAAAAUAUCAACAUUCGAAAUGAUCAAUUAACAAGACGUGAAGAUGCGCUACGUUUACUAGAAGAUCAAAUCAAUCAACGUGAUAGAUGGUCAAUGAAACAAGAACAUGAUAGACUGGCUAAACUUCAAAUAAAUUCAGAAGAAGAAAAACGUUGUUUCACUGAACAAUCAGCAAAGGCACUUUCUCAAUUGCAACAGUUGGUAUCUGACUUCAUUACUGAACAUCGUAAUGCUCAAGCAAAAAUGUCAGAUGAACAUAAUUUUUCUUCUGAAGAACAUCAACGUCUACGUGACAAACAAUCAAAUCGGAAAGCGAAACAAAAGUCCAAUGAUUUAGUCUUGAAAAGAGCUCAAGAAGAUAUUGAUUCAAUGAAAGAGGCAUUAACAUUGGAACGUCAAUCAUUCAAUGAAAAAAUGAAACAACUCAAUAUUGAUAAAAAUAAAUUGGAAGAAACUAGACAACAAUUAGAAAUUGUUAGACUUGAUCUUGUUCGUGGACAGGAAUUGUUAACACAUCGUGAACAAUAUUUAGAUGAAAGAGAACAUGAAUUAAAUAAACGUGAUGUAGUUUUAAAGCAAACAGAGAAACGUUUAAAAGAAUCCGAAACUCGACAUCGUCGUUUACAUGAUGAACAAAUUGAAUUAUUCACAGAAAUAAAAGAAAAAAAUCGCAAAUUAUUUGAGGCUGAAAACCAAAUUGUUCUUGAGAAAAGACGAUUAGCACAACAAACGGAGAAAUUAGUUACAUAUAAAUUGGAAUCAGACAAUAGUCUACGACAAUCCAUAUGUUUAAAUUGUCGUAUACCAAUUAGAGAGUGUAAUUCUUCAUAUGAUCUUCACUGUGGAUUGGAGAAUGAUGAUGGUAAUACAGUUAACGAAACAGCUGGAAAACGCAUAAUCAAUACGAAUGGAAUUAGAAAAGGAGGAAUCUUAUCAUCUAAUCAGUGAAGAAGUAGAAACAGAAUCGAAGCCAAAUUCUUUUUCUAAUAUUUUGAAACAAUAUUUACACUUUCUUGGAUAACGGUAUUAAAUUCUCUCUCCCACUCCCUCUCUAUCUCCAUUUCACUUGUCUCACAUAGGAGUAAUAUUGCCGGCUUAGGUUGUCAUGUUUGCAUCUAUUUUUAGUUAAAAACUGUCUGCUUGCUCGUUUGAUGUAAAGUUAUGAUUGCCAACACAUAUAACCUCUGAACACAUGUACAUAUUGAUUCUCAUAAUGACAGGUUUUAUGAGUAUUCUCUGCGAAAAUGUGAUUUCAAAAUAUUAUCAUCAUUAAUUUCACAACUAUUUAG